AUGCUCAGAAGCCAAAAAUAUUGGUCGGGAGUGCCAGCCACAGUCAACGGGAUGCUGGAAGGCAUGGGAUACAUCAGCGCCACCGAUAUACAGGGUUCCAACAACUUUCUACGCGAAAUAAGGAUACCUGGAAACAACCUGGCGUUGGACUGCGGAGCCGGUAUUGGCCGCAUUACUCGACACCUAAUACCUCGCUUCCAUUGCGUGGAUCUUGUGGAGCAGGACCCAGCUUUUGCCAACAAGGCCCGGGAGUACUGUACAACUGAAAACACGCCAGUCGGCAGCUUGGGGAAGAUCUACAACGUUGGACUACAGAAAUUCACUCCCACAAAGAAAUACGACCUCAUCUGGAGUCAAUGGGUCUUAGGACAUCUCACUGAGCCGGACUUGAUCGACUUCUUUCGACGCGUCCGGCAGGGACUGGCGCCGGGCGCUUUCUUUGUCCUUAAGGAGAACGUAACCAAAUCAAAGGAGAUAAUCGUUGACGACGAGGAUUCCUCAGUUACUCGACCUCUGGAGCACUACGAUAUCUCGUUAGAGGCGGCUGGAUUUCGGAUUGUGCGGAAAGUGCGCCAGCAAAACUUUCCAAAGGACCUUUAUCCAGUUUACAUGAUCGCCUGUAAACCACUCUCUUCGGCUUAA